GCCGUCGUUGAAUUGCUCAAGCGCAUCUGGCAUGCCGACGAGCGCGAGGCGGGCCGGCCUCCACACCCUAUCGGCGACGAUGAAGUGACGCGGCCUGAUUAUGACGUUGGUCACCUUCAACGCCUUGAACGGCGCCUCUUUGAACAAGAGAUCGUUUACCAAGUUGUCAUCGGCAUGGGUCGCCUUGACUUGCCGGACACGGAGGAAGGGCCGCUCUCGACGAUCUCGACACCGCGCAGUGUUGGGGAGCACCGCCGUAAUACCUCGGAAUCGCAAAGUCUGGACUACCCGAUGCAGACGCCACCUGGGCCUGACACCUCUACAGCGGGAUCGACACCGCUCGCUGCACCUACUGGAACUGCGCCUGACUCUUAUUUCCCGGCGUUCCCGCACAUCCACCCAACUGCGGCGCCGGCCUCCUCCCCCUCGGGUCACCUGGCUCAGAGUGUAGCGGAGGAGCGAAGGUCGAUGGAAGGCAUCAUCACGCCCCCCGCAUUCCAGCUGAACCUGCCCCCGCCUUCUCCUCGUAGGGAGGUGGCUGUCAACACACCCAUUUGGGGUAUUUCCUCGACCAUGCAGACGAGUCCUGAGCCUCAAUUUGUUGUCGCCGAGUCGGUGCUAGCAGCCAAGUCUGCGGAGCUCUUAUCCCUGUCGUCUCCUGUGCUCUCGCCCUCUCCGCCACCCGCUCCCACAUCAUCCAUCGCUGAGGUCUCUUCUGGCUCGUUGUCCUCAACAUCCAUCGGGUCGGAUAGCUCUACGCCUUCUCUGUCAUCGUCCUCAACAUCGUCAUCGUCAAUUUCGACGAAUUCGUCGACAUCCUUGCUCACGCCCAGUAAUAGCCUUUCGCCGUCGGCAGCCCCAGAGCCGGUCGUAUCCAUGUCAUCAGGCGAGACUGAACUGGGCCCCUACUCAGGGAUCGCGGCAGGCGCCGAGAAGGAUGUCGUCAUGGCGCUUGAGCCGGUCGCAAGUCCCGCGCGAUCUCUGCAAGACAUCAGUCGGGAGACUACCGAAAGCGGCGAUUAUUUCUCGGGCACGGAGACACCUAUCGCGGAGCCGCAGGAGAGCAGAGGAACAACGUUAUCCGCAUGGCUCAGCGCUGGCCUUCCUGAGGGCGGCGAUGUGUCCAUGCAGGACGUCAGCCCGCAGGAAAUUGAGGCGGUUGGCGAGGAAGAGGGCGAUAUCAGCGAGGAGGCCGCGAUGGGAAGGCUGUCGAGUAUGAGUUUGAUGGCGGCUGUAACCGCGGGUGGUGGCCUGAACGAGGAGACGAAGAAUGUCUUCGUUACCGAAGUAGAACGGGUCGGACGCGAUCCAGUCUACUGGGUCAGGCGCGAGGCCGCAUUCGCUGUUGGCGCUUUGGCCAAGGUUGUCCCUAACGAACUCGUCACAUCUUCUCUGCUUCCCCUCUUCGAGUCCCUCUACCAGGACCCGACUUGGCAUGUUCGACACUCUGUCCUGUUCGCCCUUCCUGCGAUCCUUUCCAAACUCCCGUCGCCUCGCCGUCGGUCUCUGGCUCUCGAAGUCGUCCUUCCUCUAGCGUCAGACGAAUCUCCCACCGUCCGAUCGGCGGUUCUGGAGUCUCUUGGCGAAGUGAUUUACGCGUUUCACGGCGAAGAGGGCGGGCCGCCUGCAGAGCUUCUGAAUGUGUUCCUGGGCGUCCGAGAUGGUCGCAUACUCCCAAACCGACGUGAAGACGAUAGCCACCCACCCGUCUACCUACCAGGCUCUGGACCGUCUUCCGAGUCGGGCUUCAGCGACAGUGUCGCGUCGAUAGAAGGCAUCAGCACACACGAUAUCUAUGACGAUCCCGCACGACCCCUCGUAUGCGCUUUCAAUUUCCCAGCCGUCACUUUGACCUUGGGAAGGGCCCGCUGGCCGGAGCUGCGCGAGUUUUAUCGCACACUUGCGCGUAACCCAUCCUACAAGGUCCGCCGCACACUCGCAGCGUCUAUGGGCGAGAUCGCGAAGAUUGUCGGACCCGAAUACGCAAAGGAGGACGUUCUGGACGUUUGGUGGUCCAGCAUUGGUGCCGAGGAGACGGAGGUCCGCCUGAAGGCUAUAGAGUGCGCAGCUACGUUCGUGCGCGCUCUGGCCGAGUCGCAACGCGGUGAAGUCGUGCGAAGACUCGGUGAGGCUUUCACCACACAACGGCUCAAGGGUUGGAGAGAGCGAGAGGAGGUCGUCAAGAGCCUGCCGUCCUUCUCGGAGAUUAGUGGUCUUGACCCAAAGGUGCUCAAGGAUCUCCUGAUGGGUGCUCUCGGCGAUCGCGUAUCGGCGACUAGAGAGGCUGCGAUCGCGGUCUUCCCCGCAUUCGUGCGUGCAUGGCAAGCUACUCCUCGCUUGAUGGAGCAGGUGGAACAGCUGCGCUCCAGCAUCAGAGCGCUCGCUCGCUCGGACGCGUAUCGUGAGCGGACGACGUUUGUUACGUGCGAGCAGUCUCUCCUCGAGUCAAACAACAGCGACUUCAUCAUCCUGGACAACGAAUAUUGGGAAGUAUUAUCCUUGCUUACUCAAGAUCCCAUCGUGGACGUCCGCAUACGAGUGGCACGCUUACUGGGAACGAUUUUCGAUCUCUAUAACAGUGGACAACACUCCACGGUCAUGAGCCAGGUGCUCAGGCUCACCGCACCUCUGCUAGACGACAGUUCUCAAGACGUCCGAGCAUUCGCGGUAUCCGUCCACGCUGGAGGUGUGCAUCCGCAACCGCUGGUACCGGCCGACGCUUCUCGCAGCGCAGUCACCUUCUCACGGCCUCCACCACCCACACCGAGCUGAUAAUGGAAGGGCGUCGGUAUGGUGGAUAAUCGUCCGCCAGCCCUCCCACACCCCGCUUCCUCAAUGGCAAGCCAACUUGGGCAGGUCGUUGAGGAGCUGCGCUAGCAGACUCUAGCUGUAACAUCAGGGCAGGACGCAGCCGGAGGUGACCAUGUUCUAAACUUGGCGUGCGACUACGUGUCGUUGGCCGAGCGUCAGAACUGGUUUUGCGCUGCACUCACUGCUCUUCGAGCUCACUAUACGACCGUGACGUCGAUGCAACGGCCCACAUCCCCCACGCGACACAUCCUCUUGUGACGAAUGUAUCCUGGACGAAAUCUUGAUUAAGUUAUCAUGUACGCUAGCAUCCAGUGGCCUUCACGCAGUGCAUGGCAUGCCGUAGAAGAUAUAGUUUAGAUGCUGCCUCAUUAGUUAUAUCUUAUUAUCGUAAUACAUUUCCUGCAUUCAUAUUCAUCUGA